ACUCUCUCUCUUCUUACCAGUAAACCAGAAAAUGAAAAGAAGAAAAAAAAAAUCCUCUCUCAAUUUAUUAGCUGAUAGUGGAAUUCUUCUUCUCCACCUCCCCUUUCUUCUUCGUCUUUUAUUCUUUUCCUAUUUCUGAAGCAGUCGGAGGUAAAAAUGGCUACAGCGCUCUCUUCCACGGCGUCAUUUGCUAUCUCAGCAUCCUCAGUUAAAGCCAGGAACUAUAGUUCUUCGUUUCGUUUCAAAUCUCGAAACCCCUUGCGAUGUUGUUGUCCUCCGUCUUCUCGUCCAUUGCUCUCCAGUAGGAAGUCCUGCCGAAUUCAAGCUACAAUACUGCAAGACAACGAGGAGAAAGUGGAGGUGGAGGAAUCAUUCCAAACCAAGAGUUUUCUCGAUGAUGAGGAGAAAGAUAGAGUUGAUGAGUCGCCCUUGAAUUCUUCAUCCAGUGCUUUGGAGAGGUGGGUUAUCAGGAUCGAACAAUCUGUGAAUAUCUUCCUUACAGACUCAGUGAUAAAGAUACUUGAUACACUGUACCAUGAUCGACACUAUGCAAGAUUCUUUGUGCUGGAAACUAUUGCCAGAGUUCCUUAUUUUGCUUUUAUGUCUGUGCUGCAUAUGUACGAGAGCUUUGGCUGGUGGAGACGGGCAGAUUACUUGAAAGUGCAUUUUGCUGAGAGCUGGAAUGAGAUGCACCACCUGCUUAUCAUGGAGGAAUUGGGAGGAAAUGCUUGGUGGUUUGACCGUUUUCUCGCUCAACACAUAGCAUUCUUUUAUUAUCUCAUGACAGUUUUCAUGUAUGCAAUAAGCCCAAGAAUGGCAUAUCACUUUUCUGAAUGUGUAGAAAGCCAUGCAUUUGAAACCUAUGACAAAUUUAUCAAGGCCCAAGGAGAUGAGUUGAAGAAAUUGCCUGCCCCUGAGGUUGCUGUCAAAUACUAUACUGGAGGUGACUUGUACUUGUUUGAUGAAUUCCAAACAUCUAGACCUCCAAAUUCUCGAAGGCCAAAGAUAGAUAAUCUGUACGAUGUGUUCUUGAACAUCAGAGACGACGAAGCUGAGCACUGUAAGACAAUGAGGGCCUGCCAGAUUCACGGAAAUCUUCGUUCUCCUCAUUCAUCUCCAGAGGAUGGUGCUGAUAACGAGUCUGGUUGCAUUCUACCUCAAAUAGAUUGUGAAGGUAUUGUAGAUUGUGUAAAGAAAUCUGUAACAUCUUCUCCGGCAAGGCAGAAGUAAGAUCUCGAGGAACUCACUUAGAUUUACACACACAGCAAAAAAAGAAAUGUAUUAGUGCAUGCACACAACUAGGUACUGUAAUUUGAAAAUUAGAUUUACUCUCGUUAUAUGAAAAAUGGUCCAAAUUUUUAGCUAAAUAAAAGAAAAAUAGAUUGUUUUUGGUUAAUAAGGAGGAUCUCUUUUGUGUUAAUUCAUCUUAGUAUUCGUUAUUUAUGUAAAAAGGACUUAUUUGCGUUA